AUUAUGUCACUUCUUUAACACUCCAGUAUCUAGGCCCCACCAUUUCAAUGUCUUCCUCGGCUGCGCCGUUUUUCCCUCGAAUGCCCAUUUACAACAAACCCUAACCGUGCAAAAACCUCUCUCCGGUUCUCCCUCUCCAAUGGAAAACUAUUCUUACUCUUCUUACCCCGACUCCGGCGACUCUUCCCCGCACUCUCGCGAAAUCGACUGCGAGAAUCAGUCAUGGGACGAACCUCCAUCUAACUCCAAAGUCAAGUUCAUGUGCAGUUACGGCGGCAAAAUUCAGCCCCGACAACAUGAUAAUCAACUCGCUUACGUCGGCGGUGAGACCAAAAUCUUAGCCGUUGAACGAAAUAUCAAGUUCAAUGUCAUCAUGAAUAAACUUUCUGCUCUUUACGGCGAUGAAAACAUUUGCUUCAAGUACCAGCUUCCCGGCGAAGACCUCGAUGCUUUGAUUUCUGUCACCAAUGACGAGGAUCUUGACCACAUGAUGUUAGAGUACGAUCGCCUGGUCCGAGCCUCUCCCAAACCGGCAAGGUUGAGACUCUUUUUGUUCCCAUUAAAUCCUAAAAUAUCGUCGGUUUUUGGGGCAAGUGAGACGAAAUCGGAGCGGCAGUGGUUUGUGGACGCUUUAAAUUCUGUCCAGAUCCAGCAUCUCGAUGGCUCUUCGCCACCAGUAGCUGCCGUAUCGGCGACAAACCCCGAUUUUUUGUUUGGAUUAGAUAAACCGAAAAUGCCGGAAACGGUUACGACGCCGGUAAUUCCAGAGGUAGUUGGGAAGGAUGUAACGGCUGGAUCCGAUUGUGGAUCUGAGGAUCGGCAAGUGAUUGGAGAUCACAUGGUGGAGAUCCAGAGGCAAGAAUUACAUAGAAUGAACAUUGGUGGAAUUAAUACUCAUGAACAAGUGAACCAAAAUCCCAGAGUUAGUUACGCCGGACAGACACUUGUUACGGAGAAAAUUGCACCUCCACCGGGGGCAAUCCCGAUGCCAAUGCAAAUGUCCAUGCCGCCUGCGUAUAUACCGGAACGACAUAUGACAGCUGCCAAUUAUCCGACGGAGCAGCCCGUUUAUUACAUUCCAGCUACUUCAGCAGCUGGGGUUUAUUCGGCUCAAACUCUGCGACCGGUUACUGGACCAACCGGUCAAGCUUAUUACGGAAUGCAGAGGAUGGUCCACGAACAAUCGAUGUACAAUGUGGUACCGGCACCGGCUUCAAUUCAGCAGCAGGCGAAAGGUGGGUUAGUGGCUGAGCCUGGGUAUGUACAGAUGGCAUAUGAUGGUGCAGGGAGACAGGUGUAUUACACGUCAGCUGCAGCCCCAGCAGCGGGAGUGAUGGCGCAGUACCAGGCGGUGGCUGUGGAUGGAAGGCAAGGUGGUGGAGCGUUGAAUCAGGAGGGUAAGGUUGUGGUCAAUAACAAGGGACCUCAAACUAGUUCUGUGUGAUUUCAAUUUUUAUGAUUUUUGUUCUGUUUAAGUUAACUGUUAAAUAAGAAAGAAAAAUUUAUACAGGUUUUGUUGAA